AUGAACUCUCAGUGGGGUCUGAAUCCAAUGGAUAUGUCUGCAACCUGUUCAUCUGCUUCCACCUUGCCUGUUGCAUCAGGGAUGGAUCCAAGUGCAGGAAUGAAUCCCUAUGCUUUCAUGGGUAUGGGAGCUGACAACAUGUAUGGAAUGAUGGGAAAUUAUAGCCAGUUUGGGCAAGAGUCUGGUGUGGUACUUCCACCAAAGGAAAUUGUGAUCCUUUCUAAAAGUGUUUUGUAUCCACCAAAACUAGGUGCCCCACAACCCAUUGUGCGAAUAAAACCUCCUGGCUGUAAAACUAUAUUUGUGGGAGGAUUACCCAACUUGGUGACAGUCGAUAUUCUCAAAGAAGCAUUUGAAAGAUUUGGCGAAAUUACAACUAUUCGUAUGAGUGAAAAGAAUUUUUGUCAUAUAAAAUUUGCGGAAGAAUCGUCUGUUGACAGGGCACUUCAUUUUUCUGGGUAUAGGAUGAAAAUUGACAACAAAAAUGAAUCUGAGUUCACUGGUCGACUUCAUGUUGAUUAUGCAUUAGCAACAGAUGAUAAAAUGGAGUUUGAAUUGCGUCAACGAGCUGCAGAAAGAGCAGCCUUGUCGACUGCUCGUAUGCCAACACCUCCAGCUGUAAUUCUCUAUUCAGAGCAGGAAGCAAUUAAAUUAGCAGAAGAGUUACGUGGAGAAGGAACUUUUCUGAAGGCUGCAUCCAUUUUAAUUAUGUGGUUAGAGAAAGGAGAGUGUCAUAAACGAAAUGUAAAUUUAUUUUAUUCUUUGAUUCAGAGUACUAACACUCAUAUACGUAGGUUAAUGAGUGAAAAGCUAAAGUAUGAAGAUGAAUUGAAUACUGCUAAACUAAUGUUGAAAAAGAAAAUGGAAGGCAUUUUGUUGCAGUUUAAUGAUAUUGGCAAGGUUUUUAUUGCUGCCUCUGUACAAAAAGUUUGGGAUCAUUUUACCAGAGCUCAGCGGAGAAACAUUGAAUUGUGGAAGAAACAAACAGAAGAAAUUAGAAAUGCACAUGUAGAAGAAGUGUUGAAUGAUCGUAUUGAAGAUGAAAUGGAUCUUAGUGAUGAUGACACUUCGUCAGAAAGCUCGCAACAAAAUAAUUCAGACAAUCGGAAAGCUCGUUUGCAAGAAGAGUUGAGUAAAAUGAAAGAAGAAUGUGAUUCGUUGAGAUGCCAACUUGAAGCUUCGCAGAAUGAAACUGUGAUGCUGCGCUCUGAUGCUGAUCAAGAAACAGAUUUUAAGGGUCGACAAAUUGAAGGUUUGAAAAAGGCGUUGCAGGGAUUCCAGAAGGAAAUUUUAUCUCUUAAUUUUAAACACACCGAAGAUGAAGCUGAAAUAAAGGAAUUGCGUGCAUUACGUGAUGCCAGAAAAGAUGAGCUGAAAAUUAUUGAAAAUGAUUUUUCCCAUGGGGACAACAAUCAAAGAGAUUCACUGAAUCUAGUGACAUCCAGUUCUACUUUGAGUAUUACUGAAAAUGAAGCUCAACUGAUUGGUUUGAUUUCAACAUUUCUUAAUGUUCAUCCAUUUGGUGCAAGCAUUGAUUAUAUAUGUUCCUAUUUAUACCAAAUUGAUAAUACUGUUCGAGCUAGGGAUGUUGAGAGUAUGAUGAAAAGGUUUCCAUCAGUUUUUAAUGAGGCAUCUACUGGUAUUGGUGCGAGCUUGGAAAAAAAAUGGACUUUUUGUGGAUUUAACUGA